UGACACUGAACGUGCGACAGGUCGAGUAUGUUCCCUUCAUUUCAGAGUCCGUAGGUGUCCGAAUGGCCAUAACUGGCCAAGGACAUCCUCCCGACCUGGUCAAUUAUGGUAUAUCUGUUCCAACGGGAUUUUCGGUCAACGUAGGACUUUCGACGACUGAGCGACGCCGAUACGAGGGAACCGAUGAUUGUGACAUUUACAACACACUCUCCUCCUCACUGGAAUGUGUCCAGCUUUGUCAGGCGAAAAGUUUGGCGUUGUUAUGCGAGUGUAAUCACCGAUCAACUUCAAGAGGAUUUGCUGGUGUUGACAGAAUAUGCGACGUUGAAGAUUUAGAGUGUCUGCAAAGAGAAAUAAGAAAAUUCAUUUUUCAAGAUUAUUGUUCCAGUCAGUGCCAGGUCCCAUGCGUGUAAGUUCAAAAUUGAUAGCCAUACUAUUUGAAUAGUUUGUUAUGGUUUAUGAAAUAUGUGUUUUAACUACAUAUGUA